AGAGGUUUGACUGCAUGAGUGAUGCCGUCGUAUGGACUCUACUGUACGCUAUAGUCGACGCCCUAUUCAUACACUUGUUAUCACAUAUUCAGACACUUUUCGUGUAAUUGUUCGCAAUCACUAUAUUGUUGUCAAUUGUGUCAUCGCUUGACCACAUCUCCACUCAAUUACAGGUGAUUAUCACUUCAGUGACCAAUCAUUAGAUGCGUGCAGAUAAUGAUGACACGAAUUUGACAGCCGUUUGUGUGAUUUUACUUCUGGCGACAACUGAUCCAAUCGUUGAAUUGAUCGGCUUAUCAAUGCAGACAAUCAAAUGCGUUGUCGUCGGUGACGGUGCCGUCGGAAAGACAUGUCUACUCAUAUCGUACACAACAAACAAGUUUCCCUCUGAAUACGUGCCCACAGUUUUCGACAACUAUGCGGUCACUGUAAUGAUCGGAGGCGAGCCCUACACGUUAGGGCUGUUCGAUACGGCCGGUCAGGAGGACUACGACCGACUCCGACCACUGAGUUACCCGCAAACCGAUGUCUUUUUGGUGUGCUUUUCGGUGGUCUCGCCCUCCAGUUUCGAGAACGUCAAGGAAAAGUGGGUCCCAGAGAUUACACAUCACUGUCAGAAGACGCCAUUCCUCUUAGUGGGCACUCAAAUAGAUCUUCGCGACGACGCGGCGACUGUCGAGAAGUUAUCGAAAAACAAACAAAAGCCCAUCACUUCAGAAGCGGGCGAAAAGUUGGCCAAAGAGUUAAAAGCCGUUAAAUAUGUGGAGUGUUCGGCACUGACACAGAGAGGGCUCAAGAAUGUGUUCGAUGAGGCGAUUCUGGCGGCACUCGAACCGCCCGAACCUAAGAGGAAGAAGACGUGUCUUAUUCUGUAGACUAAUAACCCAACAGUUAAUCCUUUUUUCCACAAAUAGUUUUGUAAUGAAUAACUCUUCGAUCAGGAAUUGUGUUAAAUUGAAGUUCUGCUCAUUUCUAAACAAAUUCAGUGAAAUGUCACCAAUAAUUGAAUGAUAUUUCAAUUAUAUAUUCUUUUUUAUGUGAUUUAUAACGAAGUUUAUUAUCUCAUCGUAUUUACCACUCAUUAAACCCUUAAAAGGCCUCAAUUCGGGCGCAUUUUAUAAACAGUAUGUAAUGUUGUUGUGGUUUUUGUGGUUGUUUUGGUGCCAACGUUUGCGACUAUAAGUCAAACGCGAUUAUGGAUUAAGGAUUUCUGAAAGCACUGGAAUUACCGAAACAUAAAUCAAUUUUAUUUAGUAAAAGUCAAUUCAUAAUUACAAACGUAAGUUAUUUAAAUAAAGAUAAAUUUGACUAAACUAUCCUGAUA